CAGAAAAAUAUUUUAUACGAGCAAUAAAUUAUUUUAAGUUGUGAACAAGCUCAGAAAUAAUUUUUGCGCAUGCGCUAAAAUAAUUUCCCUGUAUAACCUCCAAGUGUCUAUAUACUCUUUCAGUAUUUCGACUAUAGUUAAUUAAAAUAACAUAAUAAAAUGGCCUGUAGUUAUGUUAAAAUUAUACCUGGAGACUCUGAUUUUUAUUAUCCAAGCUCGAGAUAUUUACAAAGGUUUUGGGAUAAAAUAAUAGAUUAUUGUUUUUUCUCUUUGAUUAUUAUGGUGAUAAUGUAUCGCCGACGCUUCACUUCUUGAGAUUGAGUGUAUUUUUCUAAUAAUUGAAAAAUUCUUUUUUAAUUCCAAUAAAAAUGGGAUUAACACGAAAAAAAGAUCUCGAUGCUGAAGGGAAAAUCAAAUUAAUCAUAAAACAAACAAGCGUUUUAUCUCAGUCAGCAUCAGUAAUUUCCAAAGUUAUCUUCGAACGCAUAAACAACAAACUGUUGAAUGUGAUUACACACUCCAUAGGGUGAAAACUUUCCAUCAACUAUCAGAAGUCUACUACAACAGAAUGCUGCAGCCAAACGGGAAAACAAUCAUUACAACUUGGAGUUUUCUAGUUUUCCUUCAUAUUUACUUUAUUUACGAUAAUCAAUGAUAGACAUGAAAUAUAAAUGCCUUUUUUACGUAAUAAACAUCAGUAAAUGUCAAACUAAUUUAUUAUCAAAUAAACACAAUAACAUAUUUGUGUACACAUGCGUACAAGUAUCAAUCAUUUGUUGUAUAUAGGGUACAAAAACUGAUCAAUAUAAUUCUGCGGGAGGUCUCGCGCAUACUGACUAAGGACUUAGAGAAUGUCUUGAGAGAAAACUAUGGACAUUCAGAAAGAUUUUUUUCCAGAGAGGUUAUGGUGAUAUUAAGACCAUUUACUUGCUCGAGUGUCUUCGAGCUAGAAAGAUCAAAAAAGAUUAGGUGAAAAUAAAUAAUAAUUUAUGUGAAUACUAUUCUGGAAUUGUUGUGCACUAGUAAUUAAAUAACAAUCAAAGGAACAAUGUUCGAGGGUGCGGUAGCAGCUUUUCUCAAUCGCCUUCUUGGUAGAUACGUUGAGGACCUCGAUACAGAACAAUUUAAUGUGGGAAUAUUCUCAGGUGAAACGUACCUGACGGAUCUCAAGUUGAAACCCGAAGCUUUAUAUCAACUUGGGUUACCGAUUAGAAUAGAAAUUGGAAUAGUUGGAAAAGUUUCACUAAAAAUACCGUGGCCAGGACUUUUUUCUCAGCCAAUUAUUUUGUGUAUAGAGGAUAUUUAUAUUGUGGCUGUGCCUGCAAUGUCAGGGCUUUACGACCCAGAAAUUCAGAAAAGAUUAAUGAGGUCAUCAAAAAGAAAAGUCUUAGAAGAUUUAGAGGGUGAUGGAUUAUUCCGUUCUGGUUUACCAUCAGGUCUUUUCGAAAAUUUAAUGGCAUCUGUUGUGAAAAAUUUCGAAAUUACUGUGAGCAAUGUUCAUGUCAGAUAUGAAGAACGAUUCCCCAGUGGUUUAAGUAUCACCUGUGGAUUGUGUAUCCAUAGUUUUUCCAUGGCCACCACCAACAAUAAAUGGAAACCUGGUGUUACACCAGUUACAUCAAAAUCAGCUUAUCAGUUGAUCCGUGUUGAAUCUCUUAGUUUGUAUUUAAAUCCAAAUGGAAUAUCUUCAAUUGAAAAUUAUCCCAAAACCUGGGAUUUCAAUAAUCUUUUAGCAUGGAAAGCUGUUAUGAACCGUUCUUUACGAACUUUUGCAAUAAAUAAUGAAGAAUUUCAAUUUCUUAUAAAGCCUUUUACGACCAAAAUUAAAGUUAUUAUGUUCCAAAGUAAUAGUGGGCAAGCUUCUAGAAUGUUAGUAGACAUAGUACUCAAGGAUAUUGCAAUGCAAAUAUCUGAUGAACAGUUUUCUGCUUUUUGUUUGCUGUGGGAAUCACUUCAACAAGGAGCAGUAGAAAGAACAAGGUUAGUUUUGAAGCAUCAUCCUACUGCCUCUAUUAAAGAGGAACCAAGAACAUGGUGGAGAUACGCUUAUAAAGCAAUUCUAGAACAAAAUAUUAGACCUUAUACUUGGAAGUAUAUCAAAACUCAUCGAGAAAAUUAUAAAGUUUAUAAAAAAACUUUUAUGGAAAAUUUGUUACGACCCAAUGACACUGAAUUAAAAUUAGAUCUUCAGAAAUAUGAGGAUUGCCUAACAAUUUUGAACAUAAUAGUAGCUCGAGAGCAUGCUAAAAUUGAAUUAAAAGAGAAAUAUCCUGAUUACGUAACUAUAGAAUCGGGUUCUUCUAAUAUUAAACUCAUGGUUAAUUGUGAAAAAAUUCAAGAAAUUUGUGGAAUACCUACCAGUCCUAAACCAAAUAAUAUAAGUGGAUAUGACAAUGAAACUAAAUUUAAAUUAGAUAUGUUACCAAAACAUAUAGAGAAAAAGUAUAAUUUUACUUUAGCUAAUUGGUCAUUAAGCUUACUAAAUAAUAAUAGAGAAAUUCUCGUAGCAACUGUAACACACUUUUUAACGAGUAUAGAAACAAGACCUGAGCCAUCAGCUUACAAAAUAUCAGCUAGAGCUGAAAGCCUUGUCAUUGAAGGAGCAUCAUCAGAAAAUGAUUUGAUUCCUCUUGUUACAGCUGAUAAUAUUUUAACAGGAAAUGCCGCUGUUGAUUUCAUCUCUGUAGACUUUGAAAAGAAUCCACAAAACUCUGAUUUCAAUUACGACAUUAAUGUCAGACUUGAAGCAUUUGAAGUAACUUAUCAUAAAUAUGCCAUGCUAGAGCUUUUCAACUUCUUCGAAGGCCAUAAAGCCAAUGUUCAAUAUCUAGCCUGGAGUGUUCUUCGUGGCUACAAGAAAACAAAAGGAAAAUGCGUAGGUCUCGUUAAGUCAAUAAUGAACCGUCGCUUAAGAAUAAAUUUAAAGUUGGAUAUUAAAGGUCCCUAUUUGGUUAUUCCUGAAAAUGGAUCGAUACAAGAUGGAGAACAUAUUCUUUUACUUGACUUAGGUAGGUUGACUCUCAAAACUGAGUUACAAGCGGUAGAAGCUCAGUUAGAAGAAGCAACCAUGAUGGAAUUAGAAGAAUUAUUAUAUGACAGAAUACAUAUUGUCCUAACUGACAGUCAAGUACUCAUUUGCCAUUCUGGAGAUGAUUGGAGGGAGUCAAGGAAUUGGAAGGACUCUGAUAGUCACCUUGUACCAAAGAUUCAAGCCAAUAUUACAGUGUCAUUCAGUAUUAAACCAGAUUAUCGUCUAUUACCAAGACUUAAAUUAAAUGUUUCUAUUUCUACUCUUAAAUUUAAUUUAUCAAAGCACAAAUUUAUUUGUCUAAAUAAUUUUUUGAGUCAAUUAUCUGUACCGAAACCACGAGAUAUUGAAAAAAUUCGAAAGAGUAUUUUAAAAAUUCAAGAGAAAACGAGUGAAUAUAUUUCUCUCUCUUCUGAAGAAUUAAUUCGAAUAAGAUCAGUGAUAGCAUUAUCAUCAUUUAUAAUGGGAAGAGAAAUGUCUGACUAUCAUGGCAGUGUCGUUCCUUCGACAGUAAUGACUGAAUCCGAAAAGAGUAUUGUUUCUUCAUCAGAGUUUAGUGAAGAAGAUCUAGAGCAGUGGAUUAAAUCAGUUAAUUAUUUCGGGUUUGAUGACAAUACUUCGCCUCACAAUCAUGUCAAUUUACUUUUGAGAAUUGUUGUGGGUGAAUUAUGCUUCCAUGCAAGUUGCACAAGCAAUGGAAGAGAAAAGCCUUAUUUAAUUUUAAGACUCUGCACUUUGUACUUGGAGUCAGCAAUUAUGGAAUACGGUCCAGCAUUCCAGUUUGGAGUUGGUACAAUUGUCCUUGCUGAUAAAACUAAUGCUGGAAUUACAGGGUCUUAUCUCGAGCUUAUAUCCACUGAUGGUUCUUACGACAUUGUUGGUAUUUCUUAUCGAAAAGUAAGAGCCAAUUGUCCAGAUUUCAAAUCACACUUUAGAAGUAUUGAACAAUCUUUGAUAUUUAAUAUUCGUAAUUUGAAUGUUGUUUUUCAUCGACAAGCAUUUAUGAAACUAAAAAACUACUGUGAAGAUUUACAAACUAUUCCAUAUCCAGGACAAAUUCCGAAUAUCAUUGAAGUAAUUAAAUAUGGAUUAAGCUUCUUCAAAAAGGGUGAAGACGAUCCUCCUGUACCUCCUGGUGCUAUUAAACUAAGUUACUCAGCUCGGUUAAAUACUUUCAUUUUACGACUUUGCACUAAAGACAUGGAUUUGAUGGAAAUUAGAAUGUUGGGAGUUGAAAGUGAUUGCAUUUACAAUGCUAAUGAAAGAAUGAUAUUAACUGCAUACCUACGAGGACUUGCAAUAGAAGAUCUCAGUGAAAUUACUCUUUAUUCUAAGAUACUUACUACUGAUGAUGAUAAAGUGUUUGAUCUUAAAUAUGUUAGACACGCACCUAAACUUUAUUCAGCUUCAGACAUCAAUACGUCUGCAGAUAAUGUUAAAACUGAUGGAAGUUUUAAACUUUCAUUUGGUAAAAUAAAUUGUGUGAUUUUAUCGGAAAUAUUUCGUGAUAGUAGACAUUUUGUUGAACCAUUUGUUCAUUUUAUUAAAUCAUUAACUCCUGUUGGAGCUUCUCAACUUCUAGUUUAUUGGAGUGUUGAAGAGUUAAGAAAGAGUGCUACAAAACUAAGAAUUUUUAUCGAUUUUCAAGCUCCUACUUUUUUAUUUCCUCAAAAAAGAGAUAUGCCGAAUGUUUUAGUAUGGGAUUUAGGUAGUUUAAAUAUCGAAAAUUUUUUUAAGAAAAAUGAAAGAUCUAGGGCUACGGAUGAUCAUAUCAAUGAUAAGUACUCAUCAAUUAUUGAUAAUAUUUUGAUCAAGUUCUCGUCCAUGACAAUAUCCAGAGCUAUCAUGACACUUGCUGGAGUUUUGAAGACACAGGAACCAAUUAUAGAACCAAUGCAAAUUCGCUUAGAUAUCAAAAGAAACAUUGAAUGCCGGAAUAAUGCAGAACUUCAAAUUUAUGGCCUCUGUGAGAUAAUUGGAUUUAUCGAUGUAUUAAUGAUCAAUUUGAGCCAAAAAGACCUGACAUCUAUACUUAACAUUUGGGAAGAUAAUGUUUCAAAAAUAUUGGCAAUUCAUCGAAAUUCAAUUUCAACAAAAAUAUCAUUUGAAGAGGAAAUGAAAAAUAAAAUAAAUUCUGCUGAAGAUGCUACAGUUAAGAGACUUGAAAUCUUUUUUGUUCAAGAUGAACAUCCUGUUUGUGAAAUCAAUAUGAAAUUAACUUUUGAUGGAUUGCAAUUUAACUUAUUCACAGAUUCAGAUGAGGAGUUAAGUUCACCAGUACGUGACUUUAAUGAUGGCUUAGGGAAACUUAAUUUAGGAGAAAUCAUUAUGUGCUUUGAACUUUACAGUAAUAAAAGCAUAACCAUGAAAGUAUCUUUGAGAACAUGUAUACUGGAAGAUACUCGAAAGGGAGAUUUAGUAAUUCGCAAGAUUAUUCAAUCACCAGCUAAAUCGGCCGGACUCAAUUUGGAAUCUUGCAUUUCUGUCUCAGAACCUCCCGUCUUCGAUUUUACAUUCACUCAAGCACCUGCCGGAGAUAAAUGUAUUGAUAUGCUUAUCGAAGAGACUCGAUUUAAUUUAUCAAUUUCAUUUUUACUUCAACUCACCCGUUACUUCAUUGAGUCUCUUCCGAUUGAACCAGUUGAUCGAGGAGUUAUCAAUCAAGCUUACGAUGGUUAUUCAGAAAACCGCUUCAAUGAUAAAAAAAAAAUUUUCACUCAACAUUUACCUCCAUUGCAUAUAGUUGAUUUAUCUGAACUACCAGGUACAUCUGUAUCAAUAAGAGUUCGCAAACCGGAAGUUCUGCUAUUUGGAGAUUUGAAAGCAAGCAAUGCCUAUGCAAUUCUCGUCCAGGGAGAAAUGAUGAUUGAAAGCAGCUGUCAUGGAGGAACAUCAUCAAUUGUUUGUACACUUUCAAACGUUUGUGCCAAAAGUAAGAGCCAGGAACGGUUUCGUCGACAGCCACCUCAAUGGGUAUUACGUCCUUGUGAUUUCGAGGUCUGCGCCAAGGAAAAAUCUCCAGAUGACCGAGCUCAAGUCACCCUUGAUGCCAGUCCAGUCAAUAUUCAUCUAUCAGCAGGCGUCAUCUGCACAUUCAACGAAAUAUUGAACGAAGCUGCUGGGAUAUUUAAGAUUCUCGACGCCAAAUUUGAGAAUAGGAGUGGAAGUUUCGAGUCUAAUUCCUACAUUGAUCUUUGGUCUCCUAAAAAGAUAUUUUCAGUACCUUGUAGGCGAAAUGGUGAAUAUUCGCCGAUUAAUUCAACAGCUCUACCCGGAGAGCCAUCCAAUCAAGUGAAGGUUUUUAAUUUACGACCUGUUGCUAUUCGUUUGGUAUUUGAAAUGGAAGAUACAAUCGAGCGAAUUCCUAUGAUCAAAGCUGACAUAGAAUUUGGUGCUAUAAUUAAUUCUGUUGAUGAUCGCUAUCAAUUUGAAGCCAAUUUUAAGAUCCAUGCCUUUUGUUAUAAUACCAAUCGAGGGAGUUGGGAACCAUUUAUUGAACUUUGCACAAAAGACGACGUUGUGUAUUAUCCGUGGGAAGUGACUAUUCAAGCUUAUCAAGCAGAAACUCAUGAACUUAGUUCAUGCUGUCGUCAUUCCUGGAACCAAAUAAAAAAAUCGACUCCAAAAAGACGAAUAACUGAAAAUUUUAUUAGCGAAGAGGAAAAAAAUGAAGACAUGGUUUUUAUCAGGCCUGAUAAUAAUCUGACUUCAAAAAUCAGUUUGCCAGAAUAUGCAUUCGAGCAUGAUGAAGAUUCAGAUUCAAAUGAAGAUGAUGGUUCAGAGAAGCUUGCAAGAAGCUUCAGUCAUUUGUUUACAAAAGACCAAAGUGAUGAAGAUGAUGAUAGUGAUUCCGAUGAGUCAAGUAAAUGCGAAGAUGAAGGUUUGGAAUUGACUCCAGAACAUGUAGCUGAAGUGAAUGACUGCCCUUACGACCAUGCUUCUAUUGAAAGUGAUGAUUUAGCAAAUUAUAUUAUAAUACAUGCAGAUGAGAGACUAAACUUCACUGUUACAAGAAAUACCAUCGCGAUAAUUGAUAUUAUUUUGGGCUCUUUUACUAAAAGUCGAACUGGAAUUCCUAUCGUUCGAACGAGUGUCGGAAAAUUGAAUUUACAAAAUGAAAUUGGUCACGCCAGCAGAAUAGAACUACGUGCUGAAGAAAAAUUAGAUAAUGGAAAGGAUGGAAUAAAUCGCCUUAUAGCAGCCAAAGAAUUUAGAACAAAAGUUGAUUCUCCUGUGAGUGUACCCAGCAGUCCUGAAAGUGAGUUUUAUGGAGAACAAUUUAUGGAGUAUGGAUUUAUGGAACAAGAAGAUAAUAUGUAUGAUAACUCGUUAAAUGACGUAACAAUAUUUCCCAAUCAAUCUGCUAUUAAUAUUUAUAACAGUAUUACUGAAGAAACCUUGAGAAUUUUUAUUGAUGGUUUCGAAGAUACAAUAAUCUAUUGCCCAAAGUGGCAAGGAUAUAAAUUAGUUCCACUACGUCCAACUAAAAAUGAUGUUCGAUAUCACUUGGUUGUUGAAGUAAUGACUAAUCACUAUCUACAUCGAACAAUUACUGUUCGUUCACCUCUUCAAAUACGCAAUGAGACGUCUUAUGCUUUAAGAUUAUAUUACAAAAAACAGAGGGCUGAACAGCUUCAACUGUUGGAUAUUGGAGAAGCUUUAAAUCCCUUUGAUGAUAGCAUGAGAAUAUGUGUUGUUGAGCCUCAUGAUAUUUAUAACGUUCCUAUGUACAUUACAUACCAUUUUUCUAUUCACAUUAUGCCAGUUCAUUCUGAGAAAUAUCAAAUAAGUGACAGUGGAAUAUGUUGGAAAGAGCUAAGUGAAAAUUUAAAUUUAUCAAGAGACAUUUAUUGCUCUGGAAAAGAUGAAAAUUCAAAAUCAAUAUUUGGAGUGAAGGUCAUAUGCACAGAACAUCCGAAAUUUGAAAGAAUCAAUUAUCAUGUACCUCAAUAUCUGAUAAGUUUAGUUCCUCCAAUAGUAUUUGACAAUAAACUACCUUUUGUAGUUGACAUCAAUGUCCCAUCAAUUGACUAUGAAGUUCGAAUUGAACCUGGCGAAAGGAUAAACGUUUAUUCUAUUAAAUGUAACAAUGACACAACUGUCAACUUCAAAAUUCAGAAUUAUUUAGGUACUCAGUGGGCUGGUACAUUCAAAUUAAAUACUGAAUUAGAAAGAAAACUUGUGAAAAUGUUUGCUGAUGGAGACACAGAUGCUGUUUGGAGACCCUUUAUGCUCUGUGUCGAACUAAAUAAAACAAGUAGUUGGACUGUGGUUAUUUAUGCUGAAUAUUGGAUUAUCAAUAAAACCGGCUUGCCUUUGAAGAUUCAGGAAACUCUCUCUAAUACGGUAGAAAUCCCCGGUGAAGAUUUAAUAGUAUUCUCACAGAAAAAAAACAGACGAAAGCUCGUAAUAUUAAAAGUCCAUCAGUCUGAUUGGUCACUUCCGUUUGGUCUUGAUGCAAUUAGUUCAAUGUCUUUGAUUGUUUGUAAAGACGUGGAGCGUAAAAGAAAAUACAGAAUUCUUGCAGAGAUUGCCAACUCAACUUUAUCUCCAAUUUUUACAAAAAUAGUUACUUUUUUGCCGUACUUUUAUGUAAAAAACAAUACGAAACGAGCAUUAAGAUUUAUGGAAGAGAAUGAAGAUGCUGAUUUAUGGAAUGAUUUGUUGCCAAGUCAAGGCGUUGCUUUUUGGCCAUAUACUGAGUCGAUGAAAAUGAGAGUAAAAUGGAAGAAUAGUCAAUUGGUUUCUCAGCAUUUUGACGUAACGACGAUAGGCAAGAUCGUAUUACGAAUGGAGAAUGGAUCAGCUUUAUGUGUAGAAGUUAAAGGUGGCAACAAUUCUCCAUUCCGUAUUACUUUUAAAAAGUAUGAACCCGGUGAUGCUCCAGUAAGAGUCGAUAAUCUUUGUGAUGAUUUAUUCCUUAAGAUGAACCAAGUAAAUCUCGGACAGGUUGCACUACUCAGUCCAUUCCAAAGUGUUCUUUAUACCUGGGACGACCCAACAGAAAUAAGAGAACUUGUAUGGAAUGUGUACAAUAGUAAAACAAAAAGUUAUACUGCACAAUUUAACACUGAUGGUUAUGGCCAAGAAACCGUAACAUUUAGAACUUUAAAACGAUCUCCAGUUAUUCCCCAUUCAAAUAGCACCACAAAAAAGUCAUUAAAUGAUACCAAAUUCGCUAACUCUGUUAAUUCCACUUCUAUCUGUAGUAGCAGUGAUGACUCGGAUAGUGAGGCUGAAGGUGAUGGUCCACCAAUAGAAAAAGUUCAGAAGAAUAAAGCUGUGGUCUAUUGGAUAAGUUAUGCUGAAAAGAAGCAAAGAGUUUUAAUGUUUACUCAGGAUGAAAAUACGUUUAUGAAAGCUAAAAGUCUUGUGGAUCCUGAAUGUAGCAAAAAUGAAAUGUUUUUGGCAAUUGCGGGUAUUGGUUUAAGUAUUAUCGCCGAUUCACAAACUCCAAAUAUGCACGGUCAAGAGUUAGCUUACAUCAGCAUAACAGAUUCAGCUGCUCAUUGGGAGUUGGAUAUUGGCAAGAAGUGGAAAACAUUGACUUUAGAACUAAGUGCUUGGAUGGAAGAUAAAUAUAAAAAUUCAUCAAACAGUGUCCAGUUUGACAAUUUUAUUAAUGUUAAUUUCUCCAAGAUGCACAUGACAAAACCAUUUUUUGGUAGAUUAAGAAGGACCUACUCUCCAGGCAUUUGGAUUCAUGUGAGAAAGUCGAAUAAUUUAACUUAUGUGCAAGGUAAUAUCCAUAGGAUUCAAAUUGAUAAUCAAUUACAUGAUGCUAUCUUCCCUAUUGUUUUAAAGCCUGGAUCGAAGAAGUGCUUUAGUAAUAAUUUAGGAAUUCCAAGAUUAAAACAUUGUGUUGAAUUUUUCUUUCUAAAGCAAAAGAAAGCAACUCACAAUGUUUACAAGAAAAUAAAUCUGAUAAUUCGUGACUUUUAUGUGAAUCUACAGGAAGAAUUCCUUAUUCGUUUGAUUAAAGAUUUGCUUCCUAAAAAAAGAGAUGAAACAAAACAUUCUUUAGCAUCAAGACUUAAAGCUGAUUUAGCAAAUGUUUACGUUCCUUUGCCUUGUCUUACUGACAAGUCAUCGGAUCGUAAUCAUAACAAUAAAAAUAUCGUUGAGCUUUUGUAUAUUGCACCUAUAAAACUGAAUGUAAAGUUCUUAGCAUCAGCUGAAGCUCGAAUUAUUAGUCAAGAUCCAACAGAUUAUUGUAGUAUAGUUAGAAUGAUUUUUUCUUACGCAACUAAAGGAACAUUUUUAAAGCAAGCAGAGUUUAAAUUACCACACUACGAGAAAAUUGAUACGGCAAUGGAUAAUGAAGAAUGGUUAUUGGAUGCUUGGAAAAAUUACAAAGCUGAAAUAAGGCAUCAAUUUAAUGUUUUAAUCCUUUCUAUGACGGUCUUAGGAAAUCCUUACAGCUAUAAUUUUAAAUUUCCUGGAGAUAGUUUUUAUGAUACUGAUACUUUAGUAAUUCAAGGUGAUGAAACAGCAGAAAAACUUAGUUAUAAUGUUGCUUGUCUUCUUGGAUACUCUUGUAUGGAUGGCCUAUUCACUCCUAUACUCAAUAUUAAUUUAUUAGAAUCAGAAUUUAAUCGCUCAAAAGGUAAAAUAUCCCGAUUCAAGAGUACAGAUACUCCAUUAUCAGCAUUGACACUAGAUCGAUCGUAUUCUAUUGGGGUAGAGCUAGAAAUGUCUGGCUUGAUAGUAAAGCCAACAGACAACACUCAUCAAGAAGAAUUGAAGUAUUCUCUAAAAGCUUUAGGCAAGGGAAUUAUGGGAUUAGCAAAGUUGGAAGAUGGUAAAUCGUCUUUGAGAAUUGAACCAGGCUUGAUAUUGGAUACGAUAAAAAGAGCUCAAGAGAUGGGAUACAACUUUAUAUCACGAAUUCGUUUCCCUCGAUAUGUAAACCCAUUUUCUGCCGUAGAACUUUAUUCAACUUACAAAGCUCGAGGAAUGUAUCUUUUGAAUACAAUUAUUAAAAGCGACGACCCCAAUGCUGAAAUUUAUUGGGCACAUGCUGCAUUGUCAAACGAUGGCAAACAUAUUGCACUUGUUUCUCUGCAGAAAAUUUAUCUUGUGGAAAAACGAUGCAGUAUUUGGGCAUCUUGGCACAUAACGUGGUCAGUAGAAAUAAAAGAAUUAGCUGAUCAACCAGUUGUUGAUGGAAAUAAACUCAUUCUUCAUGUCAACAAGUCAUUACAGAAUCAAAUGUCACAACAAGCUGCUGACUGGUAUCUAGAGUGCAGUGAUACAACAACAUUAGAAUGGUUGAGUCAAAAAAUAAAUACUGCCAUGAUACUCAACAUGAUAAACUCGAGAUUCAGAAAGAUAUAAAAGAAUUUGACAUAAUAUGUUUGAUUUGAACGUGACAAUUUUAAUUGUAAUAAUUGUUUAUUCCAUUGAAUACUGUCCGAUUAUAUUUUAAA